GGAUAUUCCAGGACACCGGUGCGCCACCGACCGACUCACGCCUUAGAGAUGCUCAUGUUCGCGCUCAGCUUCGCCGCCCUGGUGUGCACGGUGGCUGCACGGCCUUCACUCAACUACCUGGAGAAUCACUUCACCGCCGAGAACGAGUCCGAGGAGGUUCGUUCAGCUGCCAUCAAGAGGCUCCUGGAGGUUUUUGGGAUGGAGGACCCUCCUGCUAUCCAUGGACACAAGCAGGCACCUCAGUACAUGCUCGACCUGUACAACACAGUGGCUGAUGUGGACGGUGUCACCAAGGACCCAUAUCUUCUGGAGGGGAAUACUGUGCGCAGCUUCUUUGACAAACUGCGAAGUGAACAGGUGGAGUUCAGGUUCAAUUUGUCCACGGUUUCGAGGACUGAGAAGAUUCUAACUGCAGAGCUGCAUCUUUUCAAGCUGCGACCUCAGGCAACGCUCACAUUCAACAGACACCACUUCUGCCAAGUCAGUGUUUAUCAGCUGCUUGACACCAGCAAAACCAACAACACACAGGGGAGGAAGCUGCUGUCUUCUCGGCUCGUCCCUGUCCACUCCACUGGUUGGGAGGUUUUCACCAUCACAAAAGCUGUUCGCUCCUGGACGGUGGAUGAAGGCAGCAACCUGGGCCUCCAUGUGGUGGUUCAGACCCUGGGAGGAAGCCAGAUGGACAUGAAACUGAUCCGCUUCGCUUCAGGGCGCAACCACCACCAGAGCAAACAGCCCAUGUUGGUUGUCUUCACUGAUGACGGACGCAGGUCCACUACUCUUGAGAAUGCAGAUUCAAAUGAUACCCCAGUCACCCCCAGCCUGCCCCACGCCCCCAUCAUGUCAGGCCCGCCCUCCCGCAGCGCUCGCUCCCUGGACUACAGCGAGGAGGAGGGCGUGACCACUUCCUGCCAACGCCAACCACUCUAUGUGGACUUCGAGGAGAUCGGCUGGUCGGGCUGGAUCGUCUCUCCCAGGGGUUACAACGCGUACCACUGCAAAGGGUCUUGCCCGUUCCCCCUGGGUCAGAACAUGAGGCCAACCAACCACGCCACCGUUCAGUCCAUCAUCAACGCCCUGAAGCUGAUGAAGGGCAUCGAGCCGCCGUGCUGUGUGCCAGACAAGCUCUUCUCCAUCAACCUGCUCUACUUCGACGAUGACGAGAACGUGGUGCUGAAACAGUACAACGACAUGGUGGCGGGAAGCUGUGGCUGUCACUGACAUCGACCGGUCAACGGCGGCACAUGUGUUCUUAGAAAACACAAUGUAAGUCUAGUUUGGGGACAUUGAGACCUCCUGCCCUUUAAAACUCAACUGAUCCCAAUGUGUGCUGUGUCCCACAUGUGACAUUGUAAUAUAUGUAAAUAUCCAUAAAUUAUAAUAUAUGGCAGUGAUGGAAGCGACAUCCUGUGAAAGAUGUAAAUGUGUAUAUUUUAUGGUUUCUGGUGUGAAUGAUUUUACAGUCAGAAUAAAUAGUG